AUGACUCCCGCCCAAAAGAUUUCUCUCUCCUUUUCUGCAAUUUUCUCUCUCUCACUUUCUCUCUCCUCGCAGAAGAACAAACAGAGAACGAUAGAGACCUGCGUUCUCUCCCUCCCCUCCGCAUCCGCUGGUUGCUUCCAUCGCCCCCACGCUGAGGCCGACGCCGCCGACGCUCCUCCUCCUCCCUCUCGCGACGUUCGCUCUGCUCUCUCUCUUCCCCCUCCGCGAAGUCGUGCCUCUCUUCCAGCGAAAUGCGACGCCAACGGCCCUCUGCCUCCGCUGGUUGCCUCCGUCGGCGUCGGAAUCCGUCGCCCCCGUCUCCUCCGCCUCCGCCUACGCGCCCGACACCAACGCGUCGAACCACGACGGCGAAAAUGGAGGAGAGAGAAACGACGAAGCAGAAGACGGAGACGAAGAAGCAGAAGCACGCGCGCUCGGGGUUCUGGACAUGGGUCGUCGCGUCGGUCGCGUUCCGGCUCGCCCUUGUCUACCGCCCAGGAACCUCCGCCUGUCCACCCGCCCCGAGGUCACCACCCCUCUCACCAGCAUUCGCCGCCUUGGCGAAGGCUACUGGUUGAAGCAGUCGGUGAUGUCUCUCCCUACGCAGGUUCGGCUCCGUUCGAUCAGGAAGGAAGCUGCUUGUUUGCCUACGGUUCUCCUUUGCUGUUGCUCGUUCUCGGACCUCUCGCUGUCGAAAGAAUGAUGGUGGCAACGGACGACUUUGUGGAGGCGGACAACGUGGAGGCCAUCAUCUCCAGGAUCGAGCACAAGUCCCGCAAGAUCGAGAGCUUGCUCAAGCAGUCGAAGCUGGUGGAGGCUCUCAAGACCGCCCUCGAAGGAUCGCCUCCGAACACGCGGGACAAGCGAUGCAAGGUUUGCCCUGUUUUUUUUUUUUUUUUUUUGUGGGUGUUUGCUGCUUGUAUCGGUAGAUCUUUCCGGGUGGUGAAGUCGCGGUCUUUGCAAUCGGCGAACUGGAUAGUGGUGCACAGAGCGAUAAUGGCGAUGAAGGAUCUGGAUGCCCUGUUCUCUUCCCUGGAUCCCGAGUACUACAACAUCCUCAUGAAAUACUUGUACAGAGGCUUGUCUACAGGGGAUCGCCCCACCUGUGACCAGUGCCUGCGGAUUCACGAAAGACUCACGGAGAGGGCUGGCUUGGGGUGCAUACUUCGUUCCCUAGCAGACACCACAAAUACAGUAUGAUGAUUAUUGCUAUCGUGAUUUGAAGAGAGAAAAGUGCCCACUGUAUGAUUCCUCGCCUCCCUUUCCUGUAGAUUUGGGCUGCGGUGUAUCCGUCAUUGACAUGAAUGUGAUCGGUAUUACACUUUAUUACAAAGUAUCAUCUCUGAGUCCUUACAAAGUUAAACUUGCUUCGGAUUGCCAGAGAACAUGCAUUCUAUCAUUUUGAGGAGUUGAGCAUUUGUCUUCCCUUGAGAUUAACUCAACACAAACAUGAGAAACUUUUGUUGCGGACUUAAGUAUGGCUAACUGAUAAUUAAUAGUUUAGACUGCAUCCAAAUUUCACGUAGACGAUUCUGCGUCGUCACUUGGGGAUUGAGACAGUCAAAAGCAACAUUUUGAUUAAGUCCAGUUUUGUCAAACUGAAAUAAAAUGAAAUCUCCAUUGCUCAUCUUGGUAGCUGACUUCUGUGCAUUGAUUGUACAAGGAGGACGAAAUGGCCAUUGUUACAUGACAGAGGUGAUGUGUAGAAUCUUCGUGACAAGCAUAUUGUUGAACAUUUGUUUUGGCUGAAGUUGUCACAAAUGUGAUGAUGUUUCCAUCAUGGCAAAAGUUCUACAAAAUGUGGAGAAAAAAUUUAUUGGAUGACUCUGAAUACGGAUAGAACUGGCAGAUGUAUCCAUUAGAGCUUCAAUGGAAGGGAAGUCAUCUAAAUUUUGGUCCUUGCAGCUCUAUCUUUGAUUGUGACUUUCGUAACAUGGUAAUGCAUUAUAAUGUAAGCUUACAAGUUCAAGAAGCUUGUUGAGGGUACUUUUCUUACUAGAAUAGUUGCUUUUAGUUUGUCAAAUGAGAAAGCACUACCUCAUUUGUGUUAAAAGAGAAUAACGCAUUUGUUGAAGUAACUCACAUCGCAUGUCUACUGGGCUUAUAUGGGCCUUAUAUUCAUGUGGUCUCCUUACACUUAACAGCUUAAACUUUUGGGUUGGACAUUUUAACAGCAUCAAGGUUGGUUUUUGACAGGCCUGAUAAAAAAGAAAGAGAUCGUAAUUCUCUAAUCUUUGUCAUUGAUUUGUUGAGCAGUAGCUAAACACACUUGCAGACACUACCGUGUGUACAUGCUUCCAUGUCUAAUAUAUUUUGAAAUGGGUAAAAUGGUAUUUUAAAUCUGUCUUUUGCACCAAAAAGAAGAAAGGAAUGAGUAAAUUUUUGCAUUUCGUACGUGACUAGAAAAUUAGGCAUAACAUUUCCAAAUUGCAAAGUACAUUAAAUCUGUCGAAUUGAUCAUAAAUGGCAGUGGCAUGGAAUGAGUAAAUGUGAUUCAAGUUUGAAUUGGAAUUAAAGGAUUCUGAACCCACCCUGUAUGAGUACCUCAUCUUGUGUGAUUAAAUAUGAAUGUCAGAGGUUCUGUGUGGAUCCUAAUUUAAUCUUUCGGUGAAGAUUGCAGCUGUAAGGGAGACGAUUGUUGUACAAUCAGGAUAAGAUCUCUCCAAUGAGUUAUGUGGUCUCUAUAGCAUCAAAUAUGAAGGUAUCCAAACUUUCUUGUAUAAUGUGUUUACCUCUCUAAAUUGAUGAUGUGCAUGCAUUCUAUGGAAAACAUUUGUAUCUUUCCUAGUUCAAACUUCAGACCAAUCCUGCUGGUCCUCUUCAAGUAAACUGGAAUAGCAUACGAUGUAGAUACUAUAUAUUUUCUCUUGGAAGUUUAGGAGUCAGAGGGAAUUGGUGUGAUGAGAUAACAUAAAGUCCUAUUCAGAUUUAACUUUGAUUUUUGAGUUACAAUGAUACCCGACAGAAGUCAUAAGAUGUGAUCAAUUUCCUUUGCUAGACAAUAAGUAUAUCUGGUUGUACUUGGAUGUUUUUCCAGGGCAGUAUCAAAACUUUUGACUUUACUUUCCUCUUUUUAUUCAGGCCAGCCUUAAAAUAUUGGACUUUAGCAUAUAGCUUCUACAAAUUUUUUGCCCCUUUCUCCACUCACUCCAUUACUUUCGUCUACUUAUUUACAGCUCUCUUUUCCUGCUAAAUUUGAUUUUUGGCAUAUGAAUCAAGAAAAGUGGCAUAUGAUAACUAUUUCAGUAAAAUACAUAACUCCAAAAAGCAUUGGAAUAUUUACUUUAAUAUCAAUUUUAUGUCAGUUGUACCCACCAAAAGAUUGGCUUGUGAAGUCAUCCUUGCCUUCUAAAUUUAAUCCCAGCAUCAUCCAUGCAGUACUCGAGAAGCUUUCUUCAAGAAACUUCCAGUAAGAUCGUCUCAUCCUGCAUCCAUUGAUAUGUGUAUAUUAGAUAUGUCCUUUCCUCUUAUGGGCAUCUUGGAGAAAGAGGCUAUAACAGUCCUUAGUUAUUUUUGUUUCUGAAUAUAUACCAUAGCAACUAGAAAGCAUCGUGAAUGUUUCAAAUACAUCGACAUAAUGGAUUUGCUGGUACACCAUCAAAUUUUCAUCAUUUAUUUACUUCCAUAUUUAUGAAAGUUACUGCAUUCAGGAAAAGGAUAAAACGCUUAUUUUUACUCUGAGUGACAUAGGAUUGCAUUGUCAAUCUUUUUUUUGCCCUUCAAAACCCCCCUUCUUCUAUAAUGCUUUCGUCGCUAGCUUCGUUUGCUUGCAGAACUUUUAGUGCUGAGAAGUUGGGCAUUUCUUGUGAAAUUUUGGGAGUUCGGUCGCUGACUUGUCCUUUCAGAGAUUUGAUGGAAGUCAUGAGUUUAUGAGGUCUUGGUUCUUGUCAUUGAGCCCUCUAAAGGACGUCGUUAGUAGUUUAACCACGUCGAAGGAGCUUCUGAAAGUUCUUUUUCGGGUUGGUGGUCUCGAGAAGCAACAUAAACCGACUAUAGCCCUCGUCUCAGCCUUAGGAGUCGAGCUCGAUCGUUCCAUCAUCCAGGUUGAGCAGUUGAUCCGUGAAGAGAGGUCUCAUUCUCACCAGAUUGAUUUCCUCAUGAAGCAUUUCGCAGAAGAAAAGGCGUCUUGGAGAAGAAAGGAGCGGGAACGAAUCUGCACUGCCAUUUCACAAAUGGCAGAGGAAGUCGACGUGGAAAAGAAAUUGAGAAGACAAACGGAGAGACUAAACAAGAAGCUUGGCCAAGAACUGGCUGGCAUGAAGUCAUCUCUUUCCAAGGCGAUGAAAGAGCUCGAGAGUGAGAAGAGGGCUAAGGAAAUAUUGGAGCAGGUCUGCGACGAGUUAGCGAGAGGGAUUGGAGAGGACCAGGCGCAAGUGGAAGAAUUGAAGAGAGAAUCCGCCAAAGUUCUUGAAGAGGUGGAGAAGGAGAGGGAAAUACUUCAGCUAGCGGAUGUUUUGCGCGAGGAGAGAGUGCAGACGAAACUUUCAGAGGCCAAGUACCGUUUUGAAGAGAAGAAUGCCACCGUUGAAAAGCUGAGGGCUCAGCUCGAGGCCUACAUGAGAUCCAAAAUGAGUAAAGAUGAGAAUUCUCCGAAAUCAGAGAAAGCCAAGGAGCUCGAGGCGUUCUUGAACGACAAGAUCAAUCUUGAAUGCACUGAAAACGAAUUAUUCUGAGAAAAUAAAGAAGCUGAUGGAGAGGAGUGCGAAGGAAAUGAAUCUGCAGAAAGCGAUCUUCAUUCGAUCGAAUUGAACAUGGACAACAACACCAGGAGCUACAAGUGGAGCUACGCGCACGACAAUACUAAUCAAGAGAACUCGAAAUGGGUCUCGGUAGAUAAUGAGUUCAACUUCAAUGGGAGGAGAUCUUCAUCCGACAAAAUUCAAUGGGAGAGCAUCUCCUUAGGAAGAGGAAACUCUAAAGGGGCGAAUCUUCACGACGGUGCCAGAACUCAUGACAACCUGAAUGGGUUCAACGCAGGGAGACUAAUAGAGUUCUUCUCGCCGGCUAAAAUGGACAGCAACAAGGAAGACGAAACCAGAAGAAACAGAGCACUCGCAGGCCUGAAGGACCAUCAGCUGUCGAAUUUCGCCAAUCUGAUCAGGCCAUGGAGCCAGUCCUUGCCUCUGCAAGAUCACGGCAUGGAGAGUUGGACUGUGGUAGAGUAAUGAAUGCGAAAUCAAAGCGAGUCAGGAUUAAAGAGGUUUUUUCCUUCUUCCUUUUGCGCUCAUCUCCAUGUCAGGCAGGGAAUACUAGAAAUUGCUAGCGAAUGAUGUCCUCGCGUUAGUCCUAUUCGAGAAUUUUGAUACUAUAAUUGUAUGUGUUGCUGGUCUAGUGCUGAUAUUAAAAAC